AUGCCUGUGGCGGGAGCUGGUUCAGACCUGAAUACACCUCCAGCCGCGUCAAUCGACGGAUUGCUUUCACUCCGCGCUGGUCGCUGGUGUUUCGUCAUCGACCUGCGCGCGAAAGGAAGUAUUCGGGCUAACGGCAAGUGGUAUCGCGGCCGCCGUAAGGGGCAUAGUGGGCUAGCAGAAGCAGGGAUCUAG